CCUGAGUGAAGCCUCCAGUCGUCCAAACGCACCGUUCUCUUCCAUGCGCCCGUUAAACUCUCCGCGUGAACAUCCCAAAUCUGCCGAUCUUACUAUUAAAAUUUUUUUUAUUUAUUUAAAAAUUUUCCCGAAAAUUGCAAAAUUGAGAAAAGUGUUGUGAUAAAUUAGGAUUUUUUUUAAGAAAGGGUUGUCGGAAAAAAAAAAUUUUAAAAAUGCACGUGUAGAGGAAGGAAAGAAGGAUUGAAAAAAAAUUAAUAUAAAAUUUUGAAAGCAAUACAGUGAAUAAAAAUCUAAAUUUUUUGAUUGGCUCGACGAUAUGGAGUUAAUUAAGUGAAAGAUUAAGUGGUUAAAAAUGAGGAGGAAUUUUAUAAAUAGUAGUUAAAUCAAUUAGUGUUUCUGUUUUUAAUGGAUCUAAUCAAUAAAACGGUGCAGCGAUAAAUAUGUGUUGCGUAUUUUCCAACUUUCAAAACAUUCCACCGGUAGAAUAAUUAUUUACUCGAGUCCUUUGUGCGCGGACGUUCUUGUUCGUUAAUUAUUUUAAUUAUUGUUUGUUUUUUUUUGCUUGUGGAACGGGAUAAUACCAACAAAAUUGUUUGAUGAAAUCAUUAAUUGAUUGUGAUUGUGAUGUAAGAGAUGCGUCGCGGUGACAUCGCGGUGAUCGCGAUUGCCCUUUUAAUUAUUGGGCUUGCUCAGGGCCCGGAUCAGACCAGAGUAGUUGGUGCGGUUGUCGUCGGGGCUGCGGUCUGUGGUCGCAUCCCAGGACUCGCGAAAAGCCAGCGCGAGCAGUGCAGAAAAAUGCCACAUGUGAUGCCCGCCGUUGGGGAAGGUGCUGAACUUGGGUUACGCGAAUGUCGGUACCAGUUUCGACACCACAGGUGGAAUUGUACUCAUGUUGUCAAUGACAGAAUUUUUGGGCAUGUCGUUGUUGUCGGAAGCAGAGAAGCCGCAUUUACCUACGCGAUAAGCUCCGCAGGCGUGACUUACGCAGUUACUGCGGCUUGUAGCCGCGGAAACAUCACGGCUUGCGGCUGCGAGCCUACUGUAAGGACUAGAAAAGCGUCUCCACCUAGCGGAUGGGAGUGGGGCGGCUGUUCUGCGGACGUAACUUACGGCAUGAGGUUCGCGCGUAGGUUCCUCGACGCUCGGGAGGUGGAAGGCGAUGCAAGGAGUCUGAUGAAUCUGCAUAACAACAAGGCCGGAAGAAAGAUCGUUAAGGCCAUGCUGCAAACGGAAUGCAAAUGUCACGGGGUGUCGGGUUCCUGCACGGUUAGGACUUGCUGGCGAACUUUGCCUAACUUCAGACAAAUUGGGGACGCUUUGAUGAAGAAAUACUACCGAGCUAGGCCUGUCAUGGCUAUCACCCCUCCAUCGGCCCCUACUUUGACAAUUCAGAACUCGGAUUAUCUGGAUCAAUCAUCGAUAGAAGUGGUCCCUAUUAUGGGGAACGAGGCAAAGUCCCACGGGAAGCCUAACGAGAUUAGCUCCAAUGGCAGGACAGAUCGAAGGUCUUUGAAGAAAUCCGGAAACGGAAAACGAGCGCAUCUAAUUCUAAAACGGACAAAAGUUAACAGCGGACCUGGGAUCAGCCAAAAGAGGAUUCCCAAAAGAAGUGAGCUCGUCUUUCUUCAGCCCUCGCCCAAUUAUUGCGAGCCGGACUUAACUCAAGGAAGUCUCGGCACCCAGGGGAGAUCUUGCAAUCGAACUAGCAAAGGGACAGAUGGAUGCGAUUUAAUGUGCUGUGGCCGAGGAUACAACACCCACCAGUACACAAAAACCUGGCAGUGCAGAUGCAAGUUCCACUGGUGCUGUCGCGUCUUUUGCGACACCUGUACAGAGCGUACCGAGGAGUACACUUGCAAAUAAUCCACCCUAGCUUUCAUAAUUAUAUAUGUAACCUAGAAAAUUAUCGGCGAUAAUUUUCUCAUGACACGGCUGUACAAUAAUUGCGUUUAAUAUAAUCUUUAUAUUUUAUUCCUGGUAAUAAUUAUUAUUACUAUUUUUUCUAUGUACCUAUAGUUUUAAUUCGUAAAUUAAUGCAACUGUACUUAUUAAUAUUAUUUUAUUAUUUAUUAAUGCAUAUAAUUUAAAUUAUACUCGGCUAUGUAAUGUGUAAUUGUAUUUCUCAGAAAUAAAUCACUUUUGUAUGACAAUCCCUGUGAUUUUCUAAUUGUGUUUUGUGUUUUGUAAAGUGGGUCUCCACUUAAGCUAAUCCUAUUUGCUGGGUUUACUAGUAUAAGUAAUUUUUUUUUUAUUUUACUUUCAAGGAAUUCAGCCGGGCGAGGGUUGUAUUCUUAUCUGGGGUUAUUUUGUUAAUCUGUUAUUAUUAUUUAGGUAAACAGUGUUUCUUUUUAAAAUUUGUACUUAUAAGUAUAGUUUUAGUAUUUAUAUUAUUUUUAGUUUUUAAAACGUGAGUAAAUAUUUUUAAAUUUUUGAGGAAAUAUUUUUCUCUGGGAUUUU